AUGUAUGAAGACACUAGAGAAUUUAUUCGAAGGUACCGAAGAUGCCAGCUGCAGGGAGGCAUCACUGCUCGCAAUGCAAUGCCCCUCACAUACAACCUCCAAGUUGAACUGUUCGAUGUCUGGGGUAUUGACUUCAUGGGACCAUUCCUAAAGUCCCAUGAUUGUGAGUACAUCCUGGUUGCUGUGGACUACGUCUCCAAAUGGGUAGAAGUUUUACCCUGCCGAGCUGCAGACGCCAAACAUGAGAGGAAGAUGUUUCAUGAAAUCAUCUUCCCUUGUUUCGAAACACCAAGGAUGGUUAUAAGUGACGGGGGGUCCAAUUUCAUCGACAAGACCUUCCGUCGCUUCCUAAAAGAACUUGGCGCAAGACACAACAUUGCUACACCCUACCAGCCUCAGACCAGAGGACAGGCAGAAACUUCUAACAAACAAAUCAAGAGUAUUAUGCAGAAAACGGUGAAUGAAAUGGGUAAAGGAUGGAAGAAUAUGCUACCUGAUGCACUUUGGGUAUACAGAACAGCAUAUAAGACCCCCAUCGGCAUGUCACCCAAUCAACUGGUCUACGGGAAGACGUGUCAUCUCCCAGUUGAGCUUGAGCACAGGGCCCACUGGGCCAUUAAGAAAUGGAACAUGGACUACAAGCUCGUUGGGAGGAAUAGACAAAUGCAGCUGGCAAAGUUAGAGGAAUGGAGAGAAAAGGCAUACCAUAGUGCCAAGAUAUACAAGGACCGUACCAAAAGAUGGCACGACAAGAGGAUCAAGCCCAAGGAGUUCAAGCUAGGUGACAAGGUAUUAAUGUUCAAUUCCAGGGUAAAACUCUUCGGAGAAGGAAAACUUCGCAGCAAAUGGAAGGGCCCGUACACCGUCGUCAACACAUCUUCUCACGGGGCAAUCACACUAUAG